AUGAAUAAUAAUUUACAAAUAUAUGUUUAGAGGCCUUUAUUCCCUAAGAACAGAUAAAUAUUACUUAUGAUUAUCCUCCUAUUAAGAAAGUAAUUAAAGAGAUUGCAUUGGAAUCAAUCUAAAAAAUUGAAAGAGGAGCCUUUAUUAUAGAAUUUAUUGGAAAUGGGCUAUCUUGUAGAGCAAUAAUUGGGAAGGGAAGAAAAAUAGUCAAUUGUAUCUGCAAGAUACAAAUAUGGGAUAUUUGAUGAAAAAUUAGAGAAAUUGGUUGAUGAUCGAAUUGGGUAUGGAUUGAUGAAGCCUUUAAAAUUUGGUUAAAGGUGAAAUCAUAAUUCCAUUCCUAAAAUCUCAAACCAAAUAUUCUGCCAUUAUUCAAAAUGGAGAUUUCUAUUAAAAUGAGGAUCUCUUGCUAGAUCCUGAAUUUUUUAGAUUAAUCUGCUGUUUCAUUUUGGGGGAUGAGUAAAUUUAAUUAGGUUCAGAUGCCUAAAUAAUUAUAAUUCCUAAACUGACUUUGAAUGGAACGAUUAUUGGAUUUGAAAUAUUAAAGGAUGCUAAUGUUUAAAUAUCUUGUGUGAACGAGAAGGGUGUUCCUUAAACCUUCAACAUCAAAGACAUUAACUUUAAGUCUUAAGUCAAUUUAGAAUUGAAAUUCCCUAUUAAUUAAAAAUUUCCCAGCAUCGAAAGUAAGAGUAACAGGGAAAAUACACAAUAAAGGAGAUUUUUUAUUAGAAUAAAUUUGUAGCGUAACAAUGAAAUUAAAUUAAUAACAAUAAAUUUUUAUAAAACAAUUGCGAAGAUUUGAUGAUGCAGAUGGCUAUUCAAUAUUUGUAUUGGGUAAGAAUGGUGAGUCAUACAAAAAUGUCUAGGGUUAAUUGAUAUUUACUCACUCUAAGAUUUAUGAGUAAAUCAAAGAUAAUCUUAUAGGCAAGUAAGUUGUUGUUCACUUUAUUACUGAUGAAAUGGAUAAAUCAAGGUAGGAUUUUUGCCAACUCUUUUUUCAACUCAAUACUAGAUCUAAAAAUAAGAAUGGGAAUUAAUAAAAUUUAUUAUUACAGAAUGGAUCAUAAAUUAGUGGUUGAUUUUGGAGAAAAUUUAUAUUACAAUUCUUUACAAAAUUAGAAAAUGUUCUGAUUUAUUAACUGAAACAUUCGUAUGAUGGUAUAUAGGCAUCACAUAAAGAUUAUUAUUUUAUAAAUAAGCUUACUGUGAUUCCUAUUAAAAAUAUUAGGAAUUUGAUUUAAUUUGAAGAGAGGACUAAUUUUAAUUUACUAAAAUCAUUGAAUUCCCUAAUAAAGGAGUAUUUUCACUUGUAUUAAUUGAAGCAGGCUAUUCUUUUUUAUUCAAAGUAAUUGAUAAUACCUUAAGAUAAUGUAAAGAUUACUUUAUACUUCAAAUAAAAAGAUAAAAAAAUUAUAUAAGAGAAAUUAUUGAAAAGCAUACUGUGA